CUUCCUGAGUGUCAAUGGAGCCAGUUCCUAGGCGUAUGCUGGGCUGCCCGUUGUGUCUCCGCCUGCUCCGGGAGCCGGUCACCGCCGCCUGCGGACACUCGCUGUGCUCCCGGUGUUGGAGCGCGGCUCGGGGCUGCCCGGUUUGCCUGGAGUCGGUGGGGGAAGAGCUGCAGGGGAACCGGGUGAACGUGUUGGCCAACGGGUUGCUGCAGAAGUGGUUCCCCGAGGAAGGGCAGCCGAGUGCGGUCGCCGAGUGCGGUCAGGGACCGAUCUCUCACUCCCAUCAGAAUCUGUCACUGGAGGCUACAGAGUGUUUGCAGAAAGGACAAGUGCCUUUAACGUGGGAGCACUCUAGUGAGAAAUAUCUGAUAUUUCAAACAAUGGCAAGCGAUGCAACAAGCAAGCUUUCUGAAGAAAGAGAGAGCAUCUCAGACUCGGAUGAGUAUAAUGUCUCAUAUUCCUGCCCCUGCUCUCGGUCUGUGCCUCCUGAACUCCUCAGCAUCUCAGACUUUGAGUGCUCAGUUUGUGCAAGAUUAUUAUUUGAGCCAGUCACCACCCCCUGUGGCCAUACCUUCUGUAAGAAAUGUGUUGAGCGAUGUAUGGAUUACAGACCGUGCUGUCCUCUGUGCAAGGAGGACCUGAGAAAGUUCCUGCAGCAGAGGCAGUAUCGGGUCACCCAGCUCCUUGACUCCCUCAUCACCGUAUACUUCCCCACAGAAUUUGCAGAGAGGAAACGGCAGAGUGAAAUUGAAAUGGCAGAACUGUCCAAUUUGACAAAGGACGUUCCGAUUUUUGUCUGCACAAUGGCAUUCCCGAGAAUCUCCUGCCCACUGCAUAUCUUUGAGCCCCGCUACAGACUGAUGAUGCGACGAUGCCUGGAGACAGGAACUAAAACAUUCGGGAUGUGCAUAUAUGACAGUGUAAAAAUUUUUGCAGAUUUUGGCUGCAUGCUGAAGAUUGAAGAAAGUGAAAAUCUCCCAGAUGGUCGGUCUCUGGUCAGCACUGUUGGGGGACGUCGCUUUAAGGUGUUGAGAAGAGGACAUAAAGAUGGGUAUAACACAGCUGAUGUUGAAUACUUGGAGGACAAACAAGUCACUGGGGUCGAACUGACUGACCUCUGCCACUUGCACAGCCGUGUCUACGCACAGGCUCGGAACUGGUUUGACCAUCUGCCCAGCAUUCUCCAGAGACGGAUACACACCCAGCAUGGACCCAUUCCAGACCAGGAAGGAAAUGUACAGGCCUCUCCAGAUGGUCCUCAAUGGUGCUGGUGGCUCCUGGCUGUUCUCCCAAUGGAUCCGAGUCUUCAACUGAUGCUGCUCUCAUCUACAUCAUUGCAUCAGCGACUGACGCACCUCCAGCGGGUCCUGCAUUAUUUAGUGCAGAAUCAGAUCCUGUAAUUGCAAAGCACCAGGGAGAUGGUAACAUCUCUUUUAUUAUGUACUCACUCCUACCCAAUAUGCUGGAGAGAUUCCAACAGGGCAGGAGGGGGGUGGGGUAUCUGUCUUCUGAACACUUGGAGACUAAACACUUGGAGACUGCAACCUUUGCUUGUCUGAUAAUUGGGUAGGUUCUGAAUUGUCAAAACCUUUUUGAUUUGGAAAGAAAAGCAAUGAGUAACAGAGGAGGUCUAUGGAUGACGGUACCUUUGGGUUUAAAUGUUUUUCAGUCACUACACUGAGACAGUUAAGUUAUUUCUUGUUCAUUCAGGAGCUGUUGGCCUUGCUGACUCAACCAGUAUUUAUUGCCUAUUCCUAGUUGAUCUUGAGAAGGUGGUGGUGAGCUGCCUUCUUUAGCUGCUGCAGUCCAUUUGGUGUAGGUAGACCUACAAUACUGUGAAGAAAGGAGUUCCAGGAUUUUGUCCUAAUGAUGCUGAAAGAAUGGGUGGGUUAAGAUGUUCUGAAAUGAUGUAUGGAGUUCAGAUGAGGAGUAAUUUGAUCCCGACAGGAUGAAGAUGCAGAGGUUUCGCAUUCUCUGUCAAAUCAGUAAGCUAAGGCACCACCCAAUCGCAAUGCAGCACUGGUUGCUGGUACACAGGCUGGAAUAUGAGAGCACCCGAUCUCCAAUGGACAGUGACCACAGGAUGAAAACCUGGCCUCUGCCCAAGGUCCGCAGUAAGGGGAAAGAACAUUUCUAACAGGGUGACACGAGCACUUGGCUGGAUGCUGCUGUGAAGCAGUGAAGAGUGUCGUCAUUUUCCACAACUUGAUCCAUUUUACCAGCAAAUGACAUCUCAGUACAAUGAUAAUUACCUAUUUCCCUCUGUGGCAGACUCCCUAUUUAAUUAUUGACAUCCAUGAGUUCUUGAAAUCUGCAAUUUUGUAAAGAUUAUGGAAGUACAGAAGGGGCCGAUGAACAUUUUCUUGUUGAGAUUCUGUACAUGGCUACAGCUCCUGCAUUUAACAUAUGCUAUGGGCUAAGCAAGACCAAUCAAAACAUUCUUAAGCAGGCAGCUCAGACCAUAGCAUCACAAUUUGUUUUGUUAAGUAUACAGUGAAAAUUACCCAGAUUAAGUUAGCUAGGUUGACUACUAGAUUUUAAAACAGACAAACAUUUAUUCACAUAAUUACACAAUGAAACACAAAGAACAGAAUAAAGAACCCCUACAGAACUCAACAUAUCCAACUAGCUUUUCAACUAGAGUAGGCAGCAGGUCUCCCAGUGAGUCAGCUAUAUCAUUUGCAAGGACAAAUUGUAUUCCUGGAGCUGAGAGUUUGUCCAGUACUCCCCCCACAAAUUCUCCACUCUUCUCUGCACUCUCUAGCCUCACUUUACGUAACUGAGCACUUCUUGUCUCACCAUGAAUUCCUGUUACCAGUACCUUUUCUGGCAAUAGUCUCUCAGGUGUACAUAUCUCCUCAUCGUUCAGCAUGAGAGGCUGAGAGGACCGUGUGUCCCUUAAUAUUGUAACCUCCUUACCUAUUGCUCCUGAGCUAUAUGAUUAAACUUUACCCUUGCAUGUAUAACUUUUAAGCAGAUCUGGCACUUGCUCCGUAAUCAACCUCUGAUCAUCUUGUACACUCUGAGGCAGUUGUCUAACUUCCCUUGUGUUUUUUGUUACUAGUCCAACAAAACUUCCAGACUUGUCUGGUUUUCCUACAUUUGGCUUUCUGCUAGCCCACCAACACUGACUUUGCGUGGUGAUUGUAUUACAAUGAAAACACAGGAGCCUUUUAACUUCUUUGUCCUCCUGAGGUAAGUGACCCUUAUGAUCUUCACUGAGAUCUACCUUUCCCUUUCUGCGUGAGGAUUUCUCUUUGCCCCAAUUUCUAGCUCUCAUGGACUGAAAUUGAUUUUGGAAGCCAAACCAAGUUUUAUGGAUUAGCUUAUAAUCAUUAGCUACUUCAGCUGCUAAUCUUGCUGUUUUAACUCUCUGCUCUUCCACAUGAGUUUGCAUUCCUUCCUCACUGAUUCUGGAUUAGUGGUGCUGGAAGAGCACAGCAGUUCAAGCAGCAUCCGAGAAGCAGUAAAAUCGAUGUUUCGGGCAAAAGCCCUUCAUCAGGAUUAAAGGCAGAGAGCCUGA